CCGCUCCGCCCCGCCCCGGCCCGGCCGCCCGGACUUUACCUCCCAGCUGAGGCCGCGUUGUUCCGGGCCAUGUGAGCCGCGGGUCGGGCCGCGGGGCCGCCACCGGCAGCGGGAUGGAGCGCAGAAAGGUUUUCGUGGUGCUCGACGUGCUCUGCUUGGCGGUCGCAUCUCUGCCCUUCAUCAUCCUGACACUGGUGAACUCUCCCUACAAACGGGGCUUCUACUGCAACGACGACUCCAUCCGCUACCCCUACAAGGCUGACACCAUCACCCAUGGCCUCAUGGCUGGGGUCACCAUCACCUGCACUGUUGUCAUUAUCUCAUCAGGAGAGGCCUACCUGGUCUACACAGAGCGCCUCUACUCCAAAUCUGAGUUCAACAACUACCUGGCUGCCCUCUACAAGGUGGUGGGGACCUUCCUUUUUGGGGGGGCCAUCAGCCAGUCCCUGACUGACCUGGCCAAAUACAUGAUCGGCCGCCUCCGGCCGAACUUCCUGGCUGUCUGCAACCCUGACUGGUCCAAGGUGAAUUGUUCCCUCUAUGUGCAGCUGGAUAAUGUCUGCCAGGGGGAGAGCAGGAAUGUCACCGAGUCCAGACUGUCCUUCUAUUCAGGACACUCCUCCUUUGGGAUGUACUGUAUGAUGUUCCUGGCGCUGUACGUUCAGGCCAGGCUGGUGGGGAAAUGGGCUCGGCUCCUGCGUCCCACCAUCCAAUUCCUGCUCAUCGCUUUCGCCAUCUACGUCGGCUACACCCGAGUGUCCGACUACAAACACCACUGGAGCGAUGUGCUGGCUGGGCUGCUCCAAGGGGCUCUCAUUGCCAUCCUCAUUGUUCGUUACGUCUCCGACUUCUUCAAGCAGCGGCCGCCUCGGCAGUGUGAUGAGAAGGACCCUGAGCGCAAACCCAGCCUCCCCCUCACCAUGAACGACCCUGAGCACAAUCACUACAGCUACAGGGGCACUCCCUGAGCCUCCCCCACAGACUGCAGACCUCCCUGUGCCCCACACUGCUCCUGGCACAGGAGGAUGGGAAUGGCUCCUCUGGUUUAACUGUUGGCUCUGGCGCCUCUGGCUGCUGCAGGUACCCACGGUGCCACUGGCUCCCUGUGCCAGCCCUGCCUGGGUGUUUGCUGGUGCCCUGCCUGUGGGAAGGGGAUGUCCUCAGUCUCCUGUGCAUCUGAGUCAUGCUCUGAGGCUGCCAUCCCAGCCCUCUGUGUGAAGGGAGGGGAAGGUGGCACGUGGGGGUGGAUUUCUCAGCUGGCAAAGUGCAGCAAGCCAAGAGCAAACUCCUUGGGAAGGCUGAGGCUGAGUGUGUGUGUGUGUGUGUGUCUGUCUGUCUUAUCCCUGUCAAAUUAUCCAGCCUUAGGAGUACAAAUCCUCACAAGCACAGGGGGAGGAGGGCAGCUGCUGGGCUAGCAAUACCUUCUUGCAAAGGAUUAAAGCAAUCCAGAGCUCUUCUCUGUUCCCUCAUUACCUUUACCAUCAGGCCUGGCCACCAGCAAGGGUGAGGGGAAGGUGCAUGGGAAGGUUUUUAUCCUCCAGUAGUGUCUGAUACUGCAGUGCUGGAAGUGAGGGCUUGUUGCACCCUUCCUGCUUCCCUCCUGGCUUGAAAGGGAAAGCUGGAGCCUUUCUGUCUUCUGCAGCUUCAGCUGAUGCUUUAGGAGGGUCCUGAGCAGGGGGAUUGGGGCUGGGAGGUUGGGGAAGGGGAGAAGCUUUCUGUGGUAAAGGAAAAUAAGUGGGGAUGUGGAGCUGGAUACAGGACUCUGAACACCCCAGGAAGGUGGGAGAUGGGCCAUGGAGCAGCCCCAGUGCUGCCACACAGCUGCCUCUGGCCCUGGAGCACUGUGGCCUCUCCUGAAGCUCCAAAUCAACCCUGUUGUGCUGUGUUUCUUGUAGAAAUGUGUUUUGUAAAUGAGAUCAUCCUGAAAGAA